AACAUCCAAGCCGCCUUCGAACUCAAUAUCUUGAGAUCAUCACAAGAGUCACUGUAACCAUUUUCUGUUGCCGUCAGCGACGGUCGGAUAUCAUCGCCGGAGUACCUUAGCUGAGAAUCUCAGCUGUGUUGACAUUGGUGUACUAUAAUAUAAUGCAAGCCAAAUACCAUACAACAACUUGUAAGUUCUAUUCGAGACCAUUUGGAUUGAAUAUUUCUAUUUUUGUUAAUGGAGGCGAAAAUUGGUGUCUUGACAACCAGAGGAUUGGAAGAUAUGUUUGCACCCUUGUUGCGAAAUUGCAUAAACAUAGUGUUUUUGAAGAAAAUACAUGCUCAGAUUGUCAAGUUCUCACUAUCACAGAGCAGCUAUUUGGUGACAAAAAUGGUAGAUGUAUGUCAUCACAAUAGAGAUAUAGACUAUGCAAGCUUGCUCUUUCAGCAGAUGAUAGAGCCAAACACUUUCCUGUACAAUUCAAUGAUUAGAGCUUAUACUCACAACCACAUGUAUGAAUUAGCAAUCAAUGUGUAUAAGCAAAUGCUGAAACACCCACAUGGUGAAGAGCACAUCUUACCUAACAAAUUCACAUUCCCAUUUGUGAUUAGGUCCUGUGGAGGACUUUUAUGUGUUAAUCUGGGUAAGCAAAUUCAUGGGCAUGUGUGUAAAUUUGGGCUGAAGUCUAACACUUUAAUUGAAAAUUCAUUGUUGGACGUGUAUACAAAGGCCAAUUGUUUGACUGAUGCACAUACACUGUUUGAGGAAAUGACUGAAAAAGAUGUGAUUGCAUGGAACAGUCUUAUUACUGGGCAUAUUAAACUGGGGCAGAUUAGAAGAGCAAGGGCUAUUUUUGAGGAGAUGCCGGAUAAGACGAUUGUUUCCUGGACAGCAAUGAUUUCUGGGUACAAUCGAGUUGGGUGCUAUGCCAGUGCCUUGGAUAUUUUUAGGAGAAUGCAAAUGUUGGGGGUUAAACCUGAUUGGGUCAGCCUAAUUGCUGUGUUGCCGGCAUGUUCUCAGUUGGGAGCUCUUGAGCUAGGAAAAUGGAUACACUUCUAUGCUGAUAAAAAUGGGUUCUUGCAGAAGACUUGUAUAUCUAAUGCUCUUAUUGAAAUGUAUAUGAAAUGCGGGAGCAUAAACCAAGCUUUGCAGUUGUUUGAUCAAAUGUCAGAAAGAGAUGUGAUUUCCUGGACUACAAUGAUUGGAGGGUUAGCAAAUCAUGGGAAAGCCCGUGAAGCAAUUGAACUAUUUCAAGAAAUGCGGAGGGCAGAGAUGGAACCCAAUGAGAUCACCUUUGUUGGUCUUUUAUCAGCUUGUGCACAUGCCGGUUUUUUGGAUGAGGGAUUACGAUACUUUGAUUCCAUGAAACAUAAUUAUAACAUAGAACCAGGAAUAGAGCAUUAUGGCUGUUUGGUUGAUCUUCUUGGGCGUACCGGCUGCCUUGACCGGGCUCUUGAACUCAUAUACAAAAUGCCAAUGAAGCCGGAUUCAGCUAUUUGGGGUUCUUUAUUAAGUUCUUGCAAAACUCAUCGCAACCUUGAGAUUGGCAUUACUGCAAUGGAGUACCUUCUAGAGCUUGAGCCAGAUGACACUGGAAACUAUGUUUUACUUUCAAAUAUCUAUGCAGACCUUGGGAAGUGGGAUGGUGUGUCAAGGAUGAGGAAACUUAUAAGAAGUAAGUGCAUGAAGAAAACACCAGGAUGUAGUCUGAUUGAGGUCAACAAUGUGGUCCAAGAAUUUAUAUCAGGUGAUGAUUCUAAACCGUUUUCACAAGAUAUCUACUGGAUGCUAGAGCUGCUGGCUUUGCACCAUAGCAGAACCCACAAUUUGAUUGAAACUGUACCUGAAGACAGGAGUCAAUAUCUGUGUUAAAAUAAAGACCAUCUCUGAUGAGAAAUGUAUAUAUAAUGGGUUGGUUCCAUCUGUACCUGAGAAUUACAGCAGGCAAGAUCAUGUUUUCUGGAGGAAUGCUAUAACCUAUUGAGAAGGAAAGAGGGGGAAUGGAUUACCUAAGGGGGGAUGACAUUCAGAAGUUCAAAAGAGUGGCUUUGAUUUUGGAUGACCGUACAAAACUCAUAGCCAUGAUCUUGCUCUAACUUGAACAAGAUGUUUGAAAUCAUAGGCUCUCUGGAGCCAUGCACAAUGAAGACUUUCAAAAUGACUUUUGGACGAGAAAACAUCAAGAGUUGCCUCAUUCAGUGAAGGUUUUAUCUCUGAUCUUACAUAUGUUCUGCAGGAAAGUCCAUCCUAAAAGUUCAACAGGUAUUCAAAAUUAUGAUGUGUCCCACAAAGAGAUCAUGAACAACUUCAACUAUGAAGAGGGGUGUGCCAAUGGAGAUCAAUUUUCUCUAGAUGAAACUAUCACAAUAAUUCCUGAGAGAGCCAUCUCAAAAGUGAGCAUACAAUGCUUCAAGAGCAGGUCUAACCCACCCUAAGUCACACUCAGUGGGAGCGAAUCAAAUGGAAACAGGGAAUGCUUGAUCAAUAAAGAUGCAGACUAACCUACAGUGUGGUCCACAUAGAGGUUGGCAUUUGCAAAAAUUGGAAGAAUUGAUUAGAGAUUAAGGGGAUGGUGGUCAAGCAAGAUCAGUUUAAAAGUGGCAGAGAGGUUUGGCCAUGGUCUCCGUCGAGGUCUUGGUUCGAUGCUAUUGUGUGGAAGACAGGUUCUUGUACUUUUAAAUCUGUUUGGAAUGAAUGUCAAUUGAGAAGGGGAAAGUGUAGCUGUGUUAGGAUGCUGAUUUUUAGAAGCUAGAGAUGUGGUAUGGGAAGCCUUGCUUUCACUCAACCUCAGUUUGGGGACCUUCCAGCUGUGUUAGGAUGCUGAUUUAUUUUUAUUUUUAUUUAUUAUUAUUAUUAUUAUUUUGGUACUUUAUUGUUUUUUAUAAUAUAAAAACCCCAU